AUGGACGUUGACGUCACUUGCCGCAGCCAAUGCCGCGUGUCUUCGCGGAGCCGAAGCCGCAAGUCUGGUCGGCGAGCUCGCCGGCGUCGCCACUCGUCAUCCAGGAGCGGCCGGAGUUGGAGAUCCUGUGAUCGUCGGCGCAGGCGCCGCCACCGUAAUCGACAUCGCACACGGCGCCGCAGCCGUGAUCGGCGCCGCGAGUACAGGCCGCGCUUCGCCUCUGUGUCCCCCUUGGCCGAUCCGACGGCGCGCCUGCCCUGUGGCCUCACUUCCGUGGAGGUCUUUGACCUCUUGUCGCGGGAGAUCACGCCAAAUGACUACGAGCUGCUGCUGCGACUUGACAAGGCAGUCGCGCAGCCUGUGGCCAGCAGUGCAAGCAUCGAGGCGCUUCCCAGCAUUCGCGCAGCUGACUUCAAGGGCCGGGAUUGCUCCAUCUGCCUGGCGCCAUUUCAGGAAGACAGUGAUGUGGCGGCGAUGCAAUGCAAGCAUCAGUUUCAUCGCGGCUGCAUUUCCAGGUGGCUCUCCGAGUGCCGGAAGACUUGCCCGCUCUGCGGGAAGGAGGCCUCCCAGCAGUCUAGUCAGCGCUUCUUUUCCCAGUGGCCCCUCUGCUCAGACUGUUGGCACGCGUUAACCACGCUGACGCCGAUGGUGUUCCUGGAGCUGACGUUGGCCGUGCCAGUGGUGCGCCUCCGUCAGAACGUUCUUCCACCGUGGCGGCGCGGCCUGUGUGGCCAGAAGAGUCCUGUCGUGAGCGAAUCCUUGCUGCUGGCAGACACGUUGCCGGCGACGCCGGUGCUGGUGGUAGCGUCGAUGGUGAGUGCACGCGCCCGUCACUUCGACACUAUUCCCGGUGCGAAGCAGGAGCGCUGGGUGCUGGCCACAGGUCUGGAGUUCUUGUCUCGAAGGGCCAUGCGCUGGGCUGCUGAGAUGCCACCGCCCCCGGGCUCGGGUGCCCAGUACACCGCCCAGACGCAAGCUGAGCCAGGCAAUGACCGUGACUCCGGCGCCUAUCUCGCCAGUGCCAGGCCGGCGUGUCUGCGGCUUAGCCUUGACGGCGGCAACCUGCUGAACCCCAUCGCAGUGAGCCACGCGCUUGAGGCUAUGGCCUCACCAGCGUCGCCGGUGCCGCGGCGCGAUCGACGGGCAGCUUCCUUGACCAGCGCGCACAAGGCGCGGAGUCCGGCGAAGGCGGCUCGCCCAAGGGCCCAAGCCAAAGCCGAGCCUCGCAGGCCGGCGAGGGGCAAGGCAAGAUCAGACCUUAGCCAAUCGUUUUCAUCAGCUUCCAAGGCACAGUGGGCUGAAGAGUGUAGCAAAGAGGACCGAUGGGACAAGGCGUGGGAGCUGCAAGAGGAGAAUCGAAGUCUGCGGGCAUUGGCCGAAAGGCUUCAGCUGCAGCUGGCGGCGGUGGAGGAGAGCGAACGGAGGUACCAGGCGGAGCUGGCAGGCGUUGACACGGAGACGGAUGAGGAGGACCUGUGCUGA